AUGGUGCUCCUCCGGGGUCUGUUGCUGCUCUGCCUCUCCGCUCUGCACAGUCACACGAGGUGUUCCUUGGCACACGCCAUUGAGCAAAAGCGUCUCUUCUUGGACAAAUACGGAGAGCUGAAGGACAUCAAAAGUGCUGGAGAUGUGCAGUCUGAUCCGCUGGGAGCCAUCCCAACUGUGCUGCAUGCAGAGCUGGGCAAUUUCACCGAUGACAACUUCCAGGAGAUCGAUGGACCCGUGCUGCCCUUCACCACCGCGCUGCCAGGCACGAGGAAUGACCAGAGCCCAGAAGAUGAAGUCACAGCUGAGGCCGUGGGCUGUCACCACCAGCAACUGUCUGGGGAAACGGCCUCUUCCGAAGAGGAAGGAGAGGCUGAAGAUCCAAGCUGUGAGGUGACUUGGAAGAUGAGCAGGAGGCUAGCAGAUGGCUUGAUGAGGUUCAGCACUGACCUGCUGAGAGAGGUCCAGCUGGAGUCCAACAGACCCAACGUGGUCCUGUCACCCCUCAGCAUCGCCCUCGCCUUGUCUCAGCUGGCACUGGGAGCAGGGAAUCAGACAGAGAAGCAUUUGCUGGAGGCGAUGCACCUGGAGUCGGUGCCCUGUCUCCACCACACACUGGGCACCGCUCGCAGACAGCUCACGGCAUCCACCCUCAGCCUUGCGUCGCGCCUGUACCUGCAGAACGGAUUUGAGGUGAAAGAGAAGUUCCUGGAGGAUUCGGAGAAAUUCUACGGAGCAAAGCCCAUGAUCCUUUCCGGGAUUAGUGAGGAUGACCUCGCAGUCAUAAACCAGUGGGUAAAGGAAGCAACUAAUGGGCAAAUACCCACCUUCCUACAGCAGCUCCCUGAAAACACAGUGAUGCUCCUGCUCAAUGCGAUCCACUUCCACGGGUUUUGGAGGAAUAAGUUUGACGCUAGCUUCACUGGGCCAGACGAGUUCCACCUUGACAAUGAGUUUGUGGUCCCGGUUGAGAUGAUGAAGGCCCAGAAGUAUGCCCUGAGCUGGUUUACACUGGAAUCCCAGGACAUUCAGGUGGCCAAGUUUCCCUUUAAGGGUAACAUGAGUUUUGUGGUCAUUGUACCCAACCAGUACGCUUGGAAUGCCUCUCAUGUGCUGGAAAAUUUCCCUUACAAACAGCUAUGCAGGCUCUUCCCCAAAGAGAUGCCCACCAUGGUGAAGAUCCCCAGAAUAAAACUGGACUACCAGCUGGAACUCAACAAGGUUCUCAGUCAGAUGGGGCUCCAGGAGCUGUUCACGAACCCAAAUCUCCAGAAGAUCACGGAUGAUCCUCUAUUUGUAUCCAGUGUACAACACCAGUCUGCCCUGGAGCUGAAGGAGGAUGGAGUGGAAGCCUCUGCCGUUACCAGCAUCGCCAUGUCACGCUCGGUCUCUGCCUUCAGCCUUGACCGGCCCUUUCUCUUCAUUAUCUUUGAAGAUGAAACAGGCAUCCCACUUUUUAUAGGCAGUGUCCAGAACCCUAACCCCAAUGCUGCUCCCCAGAUGAAAGGGCCAUGGGACUCACCUGAAGCAACAGAUGACAAUGAGAACCCCAUGCCCAAAUAA